GGCUUGGCCACGCCUUAAAAGGUCCUUUUGUUUCACAGCUAUCAAAGCAAAGCAGCUCACAGGGUUUGUGCACAAUAUGACUGGCCACGAUUUCGUUCCCACGUCUUAAUAAGUCGUGGCUCCUGUGUUUAGUUUAGGGGUCGGUAGUGAAGUGGGCAGUCUCGCUGAUAAAGGCUCUGUGGCAGGCAGGCUCCUGUGUUUAGUUUAGGGGUCUGUUGUCUCCAGGAGCGGCGGGACGGUUAAACGGAGGAGUUGAAUCCGCUUCAGGAGAGGGUAAAGCCGGCUAAUACACUGUAUCAGCCCCGCUCAGACACAUUACUGCCUUUACUUGGAUCUAAACAACACGGACUGGGGGUGUAUUUAAAGAUCCACUGACAUGCCACCCAAAAAGCACAGGGAUGGCACUCCCAACAUCUCCAGCUCUCUGGAAUCUGAAGAUAUCAGUCUGGAGACCACAGCACCUACUGACGACAUCUCAUCUUCAGACGAGAAGGAUGGGACUCGGAAAGUCACCAAACAGCUGCUGGAGAGAAAAGAGCUGCUUCAUAAUCUUCAGCUUCUGAAAAUCGAGCUCUCGCAGAAGAACCUUAUUAUUGACAAUCUGAAAGUGGAACACCUUACCAAGAUUGAGGAGCUGGAGGAGCGGCUGAAUGAUGCUCUACAUCAGAAACAGGUCCUGGCGCUUCGACUGGACAGCCAGCUCAAACUCCAGCAGGAUGAGAACAGAAAGCAUCAGGCUCUGAGGAAGCAGGAGAUGGACACCAUCCUGCUGCGUCAGAAACAGCUGGAGGAGACCAACAGGCAGCUGUGUGAUCGAGCCGGAGACAUCCGCCGCAGCCUGAGGGAUAUGGAGCUGAGUGAGGAGAGAUACACGGAGCUGAGAGAACUUCCAGAGGACAAACUCUCCAUCUCUGAGUAUGUAGCGGUGCGCUUCUACGAGGUGGUGACCCCCCUGAGGAAUCAGGUGACUGAGCUGCAGAUAAAGAGGAACAGCCUGGGUGAUGACCUGGACAGCCAUCGCAGCCAGAUCAAAUCCCUCAUGGAGAGCUAUGAGGAUGAGAGAAGAGCUCGCUCAGAGCUGGAAAUCCGCUGCCAGAGAGUGACUCUGGAAUUGGCCGACACCAAGCAGCUCAUACAGGAGGGCGACUACAAGCGGCAGAACUAUGAUAAAAUCAAACGAGAGAGAGAUGGCUAUGAGACGGAGGUGAGAGAGCUGAGGAAGAAGGUGGAGAUGAUGGACCUGACGCAGACAGCCCUGACCAAAGAGAGGAAUGAACUCAGUAAAGAGGUGGCCACUCUGCAGCAGUCGGUUACUCUCCUGCAGAAAGAUAAGGACUAUCUGCACAGGCAGAACAUGGAGCUGAACGUGCGCUGUGCUCACGAGGAGGAUCGCCUGGAGAGACUGCAGGUCCAGCUGGAGGACACCAAGAAGGCCAGAGAGGAGGCCUAUGAUAAAUACGUAGCUUCCAGGGAUCACUAUAAGACAGAGUAUGAGAACAAGCUGAGGGAUGAGCUGGAGCACAUUCGCCUGAAGACCAGCCACGAGAUCGAGAGCCUGCAGCGCGCCUCCAGGGAGAUGUACGAGAGAGAGAACAGAAGCCUUCGUGAAGCACGAGACAACGCAGCGCUGGAGAAAGAGCGAGCUGUGAGUGCAGAGAGGGAGAUACAGGCCAAAUACGACCAGCUCCUGGAACAGUUGAGGCAGCUGCAGCUAAACUCUGACAGUAAGGCGUCUGAGCUGCAGAACCAGAUGAAGCUGAAGGCUUUCGAAGUGGAGCGCGCUCAGAUGGUCCAGGAGGAAACGGCCAAGAACCUCAGCCUCUGCCAGAUAGAAUGUGAAAAGCAUCAGAAGAAACUGGAGAUUUUGACAAAAGAGUUUUACACACUGCAGUCGUCCUCAGAGAAACGUGUUGCAGAGCUGCAGUCCCAGAGCGUCGAACAGGAGAAGAGGCUGGAGAUCUAUGAGAAGCUGGAGAAGGAGUUGGACGACGUCACCAUGCAGGCAGCAGAGAUGGAAAACGAGGAUGAGGCCGAGAGGGUGUUGUUUUCAUACGGUUACGGGGCAAACGUGCCGACAACGGCCAAGAGGAGGCUAAAGCAGAGUGUUCAUCUGGCGCGCAGAGUUCUGCAGUUAGAGAAGCAGAACACCAUGCUGAGGAGAGACCUGGAGAGACGCUCUGCACAUGUAGAUCAAGUCACUGAAGAGCUGCAGACAACCAAUCAGCUUCUUCAGCAGUCCCAACAGCCUUACAGCUACCUAAUAGAAACAGUUCGCCAACGGGACACACGGAUCCAGUCUCUAAAAGAGCGCCUCUCGCAGCUGGAGGAGGAAGUGAGUGCGCUGAAGAAAGAGAAAACCACACUGCUUCAGGUGAAAAACAACAUGGCUGCUGAUCUGGAGAGGUUGCUGAGCCACAGGGAGGAGCUGUCCGUCAUGAAGCAGGUGCUGGUCAGCAUGCGUUCACGGCAACAUGGGGAACCUUUAUCCAUAUCGGAACCUGAUAUUGUGCAUACUGGGACAGCUGUACACCUGCCCAGAAAGACCAGCAGAGCCACGGAGGAGGAGCAGUACCCUCCCAGACCUAAACCCACAGUCUUCACCAAUAAAGAAGUCCCUGAAUGGUACCGAAAGCUGAAGGUGAAGCCCAAAUGACUAACCACACAUGAAUUUGAGAAAGCCAGCACGUACGCGAGCGAACGCAGGACUCAUUCAUGAAGGCAUGCACUGGCUUUUUGACUGGACAGUGCAUUUGUGUCAAGAUUGUGUAUAUAUUUUUGGUGUAUAUUAAAAAAAGAAAACAUU